AUGGCUUUGGACGAGAUGGAUGGAGCGGGGUCGGAGCCAGAGGAAGGCAAGAAUCAGGAGCCGGGUGUCAUCACCACGAGAAAUAUCCUGGAGAGUUUCACAGAGAGUCAGGAGGUCGGGGGGCUCAUCGGUAACCUGAAGGGAGUCUUUGGGGAUCUGGUGACUCGAGAAAUGACCACGGAAAAAUUCAUAGGUAUAAUGGACAAGUACCAGGAGCAACCUCACUUGUUGGAUCAUCACGUAGAGUGGAUGAUGAAUUCAUUGUUGGAUAUAGUACGGGACAAUGGAUCUCCUUCGCCACUAGUUCACCUGGCUUUUAAAUUUCUUUACAUUAUUACAAAGGUGAGAGGGUACAAACUUUUCCUUCCACUGUUUCCCCAUGAAGUAGGUGAUCUACAGCCUGUUUUGGAUAUGCUUGUAGACCAGAAUCCAAAAGACUCUGAGACUUGGGAAACUCGUUAUAUGCUUUUAUUAUGGCUCUCCAUGAUAUGCUUGAUUCCUUUUGAUCUGGCCCGUUUUGAUGGAAAUAUUUCUGAGGAAGGGCAUGCUCGUGUACCAACAAUGGAUCGCAUACUUAAAAUAGCAAAGUGUUACUUGGUUGUCAGUGAUAAGGCUCGAGAUGCAGCUGCUGUACUGGUUUCAAAAUUUAUUGUCCGCCCUGAUGUCAGGCAAAAAAGGAUGGCCGACUUCCUGGACUGGACACUUUCAAUGUUAUCUAAAUCCUCCUUCCAGACCAUGGAGGGGACUGUUGUUAUGAACGGCAUGCUUCAGGCCCUGGCACAGUUAUUUAAACAUGCCAAAAGAGAAGAUUGUUUACCAUAUGCUGCUACUGUACUUGAGUGUCUUGAUAACUGCAAGCUGUCAGAAAGUAAUCAGAUGGUUCUUCGCAAGCUAGGGAUGAAACUUGUUCAGCGACUUGGACUGACGUUUGUGAAACCGAAGAUAGCAAAAUGGAGAUACCAGCGUGGCUGUCGAUCUCUGGCUGCCAAUCUGCAAGCUCAUGGUUCAGUUGUGCGGAACCAACUGAUAACAGUUGCUGCUAAUGAAGAUGAUGAUGAAGAGGAAUAUGACAUUCCAGGAGAGAUUGAAAACGUUGUAGAGCAAUUGUUGGUUGGACUGAAAGACAAAGACACUAUUGUCAGGUGGUCUGCAGCAAAAGGAAUUGGUAGAAUAACUGGAAGACUUCCAAAAGAAUUAGCAGAUGACGUGAUUGGGUCUCUGUUGGACUGUUUUAGUUUCCAGGAAACAGACAACGCAUGGCAUGGUGGAUGCCUGGCUCUGGCUGAAUUAGGCAGAAGAGGAUUGUUACUCCCUUCCCGAAUUUCAGAUGUUGUUCCUGUCAUUUUGAGAGCACUGACAUAUGACGAGAAGAGGGGGGCGUGCAGCGUGGGUUCCAACGUGAGAGAUGCAGCGUGCUAUGUGUGCUGGGCCUUUGCUCGUGCUUAUGAGCCUGCAGAACUGAUACCAUUUAUUAAUCAGAUUUCAAGCGCAUUGGUUAUUGCUGCAGUAUUUGAUCGUGAUGUUAAUUGCAGAAGAGCCGCUUCUGCUGCCUUCCAGGAGAAUGUUGGGAGACAGGGCACUUUUCCACAUGGCAUAGACAUUCUAACUGCAGCUGAUUAUUUUGCUGUUGGUAACAGAGUUAACUGUUACCUGACUAUAAG